AUGUCUUUCCGCGCUCUCUUCACCGCCGGCCUCGCUGCCUUUGCUCCUCUUGUCUCGGCCUACACUACCCCCAAGGGUGAUCCUACUGGCAACGCCAUCUACGAGCCCGGUCUUAACAGCAUCGUCCCCGUCGGCAAGCCUUUCACAAUUACAUGGGAGCCCGACACCAAGGGCAAGGUCUCUCUCGUCCUUCUCCACGGUCCCUCUACCAAUGUCAAGCCCAUCGCAACCAUUGUCGAGAGCAUCGACAACACUGGCAGCUACGACUGGACUCCCGACACUGGUCUUGCUCCCAACAAGACCUACUACGGCAUUGAAUUGAUCGUCGAGGGCACUGGCCAAUACCAAUACUCGACCCAAUUCGGUAUCUCCAACGACAACUACAAGGAAGAGCUCGCCAGCACCGGCGCAUCCACCGCAUCUGCCACCACAACCGUCAGCGUGAACAUCAAGUCCCCCGUCUCCGCCGCCGCAGCAUCCGCCUCCGACGCCGUCUCCUCGGCCGCAUCCUCUGCCUCGUCCGUCAUCGCCAGCGCCUCAUCCUCCGCCGCCUCCGUGCACUCAUCCGCCUCCUCCGCCAUCGCCAUGAGCGCUUCCGCCGCCAUGACAUCUGCCUCCGUGAGCCACAACUCCACCGUCCACACAUCAAUGUUCCAUCCUGCUAAUGGAACCGUUUCUGUAAAGUCCUCCGCCUCUGGUGUUGCCGCUAGUGUUUCCUCCAGCAUGCACAGCGGUGCCUCAUCUGCUUCUUCGUCUAUGAGCACGGCGAGCAGAUCGGCCAGUAGAUCUGCUGCUUCUGCUAGUGGAUCUGCUUCCGCCAGUGUCAGCGCUGCUGCUCAGACUGGCGCUGCUGUCAAGGUCGGCGCUGGUUUCGGCGGCCUUGCUUUCGCUGCUGGUGUUGUUGCUCUUGUUUUGUAA